AUGUCACCUUUUGUCAUUGCCAGAGAAAUAGAGGACUCAAUUGGAAAGACCUACACUGCAAAGAAACUGUCAUCUGCGGACCUUCAAAUUGAGGUUCAAACCAGGGAGCAUAGCUCGGCCCCCCAAGCUGUCAAGAAAAUUGUGGACAUACCGGUGUCUAUUGCAAAACACAGAAACCUCAAUAUUGUCAGAGGCGUGAUCUCGGAAAGUGAGCUUCUGGAAUGCACCGACUCCGAGAUUGAGGAAGGCCUGCGGGAAGAAGAUGUCGUGGCAGCAAAGCGAAUAGUGAUGGCUCGGGACGGUAAAGAAAUCGCAACGAAGCACAUGGUUCUAACCUUUCAACUACAUAAGCUUCUUGGAACCAUUAAGGCUGGUUACCUCAACUGCCACGUGCGACCCUAUGUCCCUAAUCCGCGGCGUUGUUUCAAGUGUCAGCGCUUCGGGCAUGGGUCUCAGGUCUGCCGUGGACAGGGAACAUGUCCCAAAUGUUCUGGUAGAGACCACCCAGCAGAAUCCUGCCGAAAUGAAGUGCGGUGUGCAAAUUGUAAAGGUGACCAUCUUGUCUGCUCCAGGUCAUGCCCCCGAUGGAAAGAUGAAAAAGAAAUCCUCAGAAUCAAGGCAGAGCAAAAUAUCUCAUACAAAGAUGCAAAGGCGCAAGCAGAGUUCAGGAAAAAGGGCACUUUCUCCGAAGUGGUGUGCAGGGGAGUGGCACCACAGAGGAGGUCUGUGGAGACCCAAACUGCUGGGCCUCCACCCCACACUCCCCCCCAGUCACGUGGGUAUCCCAGGAAAUGA